GAUAUAAAAAACAACUAAAAAACAACAAUGUUUGAUCUGGAUGUGAAUUUGUAUUUUUACACUGUUAUCUUAUUAAUAGGUCACCUGGCCAUUCCGUUGGGCGCGUCCACUUUGGGCCCGGCGUACGUAGACCUGACAUUUGUACUCAACACUAGCAUACAAAACGUGUCAUACAUCCAGGUGUUUAUAUCCAUUGGUCAAAUACUUGGCACACUAUUGGCCAUGCCACUGACCCAGUACCUUUGGCAAAUAUUCAGCCUGGCAUUUGUGUUUGGCAUCGGGGUUGGCGUGUGGUUUGUCUCGUUUUACAUGUGGAUAAUGGAGAUAUGGCAACGCAGGUCGGGUUCGGUGCUAUUUCUGGCCCAACUAAUGCUGGGCGUGGGCUUUACGAUGGGUCCACUCAUUGACAAACCCUAUCUGACCGGCGAUACCACCGGCGCUGACGGUGUGAACGAGUAUGACAUCGAUGUGGACGAAAGGCGGGCCAAACUGUUUGUGCCGUUUCUCAUCAGCGGCUGUAUUACCGCUAUUUGUCCCAUAAUGUUAUUCAUCAUGUUUUUUGCUAAACGAUACGAAAAGCCUGAGCGGGAAGUGAAUGUCGUGGAAAGCCCCGGCGCUCUCAUAGACAACAACACCGCCACUAAAUACAAUCACUACAACAAAAGCACCAGAAGUCGUAUUAACCACAAGAGAUCCACAGCCAAGAGAUUAUCACUAAUACUGCUGAUGACUGUCUGCAUAUCAACCAUAAACACACUGGAGUUGAUAUACUUUGUAUUCGGUGUCACGUAUUUCCAAUACAUACCUGGCCUACACAUACCGGCCCCGACCGCCGCCGGUAUGGUCUCCGUAAUGAUCAUAUGCUAUACCGCCGGUCAGGCCAUCAACUUCUUCGUCGGUCUGGCCGUCAAAACCAAUUACAUUGUGUCCUAUCAUUACGUGCUGUCGUUCGCGGCGUUUGUAGGCCUGAUGUUUGCCAACCGGUCCGCGACUGGCCUAUGGGUGACUUCAGGUGCUGUUGGGUUCGCUGUGUCGGCCCUAUUCCCGGGCCAUAUGUCCUAUUUUGAGCGACAUUUAAAGAUCACCGACCGGAUUAGCUCGUUUAUGUGCCCUGGUCAGUGUCCUGUUGUUUCGUAA